CCUCGGCGUCAGGGCAUGAACCUGGCGCAGCCCGAGGGCCAAGAGGAGGAGGAGGAGGAGGAAGGCGGCGGCGAGGAGGAGGAGGAAGAGGAAGGCGGCAUGGAGCCUCCGGAGGACGCGGCUGCUGCAGCGGACCCGGCGCCGGUUGGGUGCCCGCUCGAAGAAGCGGCCGCAGGAGAAGGGGCCAGCGGCGGCUGGGAGCAGAGCCUGAGCCCGGAGCUGCAGCAGGCGCGCCGGAUCCUGAGCGAGUUCCUGCUGGAAAAGCACCGGCCCCUGACAGCUCCUUUCCUGAGACCUUUCGGAGGAGGAGGAGGCCAGCAGGAGGCUGAAGUGGGGCUGCAAAGUGGAUCGGCCGGCCCCACCUCCUCCUCCUCCUCCUCUUCUUCUUCUUCUUCCCAGGACCCGUCCAGCCAAGAUCCUCUGCCGCCGCUCUCUGGGAUGUGGUUGCUGAAGAUGGAAGAGAAGUUUUCUUCCGGCCAGUACAAAGGGAUCGCCGAUUUCGUGGCCGAUUUCCGGCUGAUGCUAGAGACGUGCUACCGGCUGCACGGGGUGGAUCACUGGCUCUCCAAGCAGGCCCAGAAGUUGGAGAUGAUGCUGGAGCAGAAGCUGGCGCUGCUGUCUCGGCAUUUGAGAGAGAAGACAGCAAUAGGAGUAACAUCUAAAGGGUUCUGUGGGCUGGAAGAUGAGAAGGGAACAGCUUGUACUUCAACAAGGCGGCGUUCAACACCACGCAGUUUAGCAGGCUUGACCACAGGCGUGUUUGAAUCCGUAAUGGUUCAGGUUCUGAGACAGGAAGAGCAACUGAGAGCAAAAGAAGAAAAGAGGCUUCGAGAGCAAGAAAGAAAAGAAGCCGAAGAAGCUAGCCAAAAAGAAAUUGAAGAAUGGGAGAAGUCACUUCUGUCUCAAGCAUCACCUACUCGGAUGGAAAACAUGUGGGAAAUCCCAGCUAUUGGUCAUUUCCUUUGUUUAGCACAGCAUAUUUUAAAUUUGCCUGAAAUAGUCUUUUAUGAGCUAGAACGCUGCCUUCUGAUGCCUCAGUGUAGCGCUUUUUUGUCUAAAAUAAUGACUUCUUUGUUAAGUCCUCCUCAUCGCAGAUCUACCUUGCAUCGAAGGCCAACUCUUCCUUACAGGACUUGGGAAGCAGCACUUAAGCAGAAAGUACAGCAGUGGUAUACAGCUGUGGGGCAAACGGACAAUCCCGACAGUUGCGCAGAGAAACUUGGUCUUUGUCCUCAGUUUUUUAAAGUCCUUGGGGAAAUUAAUCCUUUGGAGGAAAAACCAUUUCAUGAGCUCCUGUUUUGUCAAAAAGUAUGGCUGCUGAAAGGCCUCUGUGACUUUGUGUAUGAGACCCAGAAAGAUGUGCAAGAUGCGGUACUCGGACAGCCUAUCCACGAGUGCAGGGAGGUGAUACUGGGCUAUGAUUACUUAGAGCAUGCCUAUGUUCACUUCCCACAGUUCUGUGGUGCAGAUGUACGGAUUUACAAGCAGAAGCCCUUUCAUGCCCCUGAGUUUCCAGCUCCUCCCAUUAAGGUGAAAAGAGUACCGCGGAUUAAACUGGAGAAAGUGAAAUGUGAAUAUGUCUCCAAAAGCAAUGGCGAAGUUACACUUAGCACUAAAGAAGAGCUGCCUUGCACAAGGGCAGAAUCUGGAAACAAUAUCGGCUUAGCAAAGAUGCACUUGGACUGUUUGGAUGUGGCCCCAGAAAAUGACACGAAUUCCAACUGUGAAGAGAAAAUCUGUAGGGACUGUGACUUUACAAUAGAUUGCUAUAAAGAAAAUCGAGAUAAAGCCAUUGUUCCAGGAGAUGUUGUUAACUUUGGGGGGCCCCUCAGCCCAGGAGAAAUCAGGGUUGUGGAAAAUGGGGAGAAAUGUGGUGAAUCUUCCGUAGUGAAAACCGAGACCACCCCAUUAAAGGAGAACACUCUUAAAACUUGCCAGAUGCAUGUGAAUGGGAAUCACAGCGACAAUCCAGACAUGAAUUGCCACAAAGUUGCAAAAGAAGCUACAUCAGAGAAUUCUGUAGAAAGCAAAACACUACAGUUUAUUAAAGUGAGAGCAAAGAAGAAGAAAAAGAAGAAAAAGAAAUUGAAAGAUAUUUUGAAUGAAAGCCUUCAGAGAAAGCGUGAGAUUCACCUCCACUCAUUGAAAUCGUAUAAACCUGAGAUCCAGAAUAAGUUGCUCAUGAUGAAAAAGAAAGCCAAACACAAGAAGCACAAAUCGGGAAAGAAAUCAAUAUCUAAAAAAGCAGUUACAAAGAAGAGGAAAUCUGUUACGAAGCCUGCUGUUCCAGAAUUCCAGCUUAUUUGCACUAAUCUUGAUGAACUCAGGGAAUUAAUAAGAAAAAUUGAGAAUGAACUCAAAGAUGUGGAGAACGUUAAAAAGAAAUCGGGAAGGUGGUAUCACCGAAAGCAAGCUGUAAAGGAACUACACUGUACUCUGUUGCGACUGCUCAAUGAAUUGCUACCAUGGGAACCAAAACUAAUGAAGGCUUUUCAAAGAAACAGGUCUCGGUUAAAAAAGGAUUAUGAUGACUUCAGAAAGCAGCCAGAUCAUGAUAAAUUUACAAGAGAACAGUGGACUAAUGAGGAUGGUGAAGUAAAUACUGGCAUGGAGGUUUCCACUAAAGCAACCAGUGAAUCCCCUGAGCACAACGAACUUCUGAAAAGGGAUUAUACAGAUACAGAGGACAUGAAACUGUCAGAAAUGGAACUUGCUGCAGGAAAAUCCAGACUGUUAAGGAAAGAACUGACUUGCAAAGAAAUACAGAAGAUGGUGCCUAAAUAUUUUAAACGCCAGUCCAAGCAAAACAGUUACCUAGAUGAUAGCACAAGAGAGUUUUCACCAAGGAAAAAGCUGAAAUUAAGCACAGGUGAUACCACAGUCUAUGGUAUGGAAAAUGACUUGCCAAUUGAUGGUGGUUUGAAUAAACCGAAACAAACAGAAUCCUCAUCUUCAGAAUCAUUGGACAUGACAGACUCUCCUCCAUCAAUAUCAAGCUUAAUAAAAGGGACCAAACCCAUCCAGGCCUUGCUUGCUAAGAAUAUUGGGAACAAAGUGACCUUAACAAGUCAGCUUCCACCCACUGCAGGUAGAAGCAUUUCUACGUCUGAAAAACUGAUUAUGUCAACUAUAGGUUCUUCCCCAGUCAAACCAGUGUUGCCCUGCCAAGCCAGUUCCAAGAGUCCAUUACAAGUGUUAUACAAAAUACCCGACGGCCACUGCAUGCCAAUAGACCUGCAUAACAAUUCACUGAAAAUUCAGGUGCAGCCUGUGGCCGAUUGUAAACCAGGAGAGAAAACCACAGGAGAGAAACUCAUGCAGCAGGUCCUUAUUUUGCCUAAAAAUUUCCUUAUCCACCACAGAGAGGGUAAAAGUGUCACAAAAGAAAUUCCGCCGUUGCAGCAGAAGACGAACGAGCAGCACCGUCUCUCUCUUCCGCAGUCAACAGCUGUCAACACUACUUUAGCUCCUGCCUUUCCAGCUUCGGUUAUAAAUGCUGCUACUGCAUUUCUCCCCGGCACAAAUUUUAAAAAGAAUACUACACAUUUGCCGCAAGGAGCUAAUGCAGCAAACAGUCUUUCGGCGUUGCCCUCUAUAUCAGCCACAGGUAACGUGUUGGCGUCGGUGGUGAAAAUGAGCCAAAGUGAAACUACUAAAACUAAGACUGUUGUUUCGGGUACCUCAUUCCCUGUCACUUCAUCCACAGUUCAGGCGCUGACAACAACACUACCACCAAGUGCUUCUACUUCCACCAGCGGUUCCUCCCCAAGACUAGCAUCCCCGCAGAAAAGUGACACCGGCGAACCUAAACAGGAGCUGAAAACAGUCUGCAUCAGAGAUUCGCAAUCCAUCCUUGUUCGGACGCGAGGUGGGAACACAGGAAUCGUUAAGGUGCAGACAAAUUCAGAUCAGAUUUCCCCUAGUAACUUAUCUCCGGGUUCCGUUUUCACAUACGCACCUCAGCUUCAGGCAUUUUUAGUGCCAAAAUCAACACAAUUGUCGACCUCUACCUUUUCGGCUGCGACAACAGUCGUAUCUAAUAUCCCAGCACUUAUCCAGUCCUCUCCCACAACUUCUGUUUCCAUUCCAGCUGUUCCCAGUGGUGUAAAUCAGGGAAUAGGGAAAAACAUGAUGUUUGCGUUUGGGCAACCAACGAACAGUGCUACGGUGGGUCAUGGAAUGCAAAAAACUGUACAUGUGUCCUCCCCCUCUUUCUUAUCUCCAAUGUCAUCAUCUAAUAUCGCCAUGCCGGCACAGCCUAACAGCUCUGGUAAUGCAAAUAGCAUUUCGCCAGGUAAUAGUGGGCAGAAUGCCAUAUGCACUACCCAGGCUUCUUUUAUUAAUCAGCAAGCUGAUGUAAAUAGUAUAAACUCUCCGGUUACACAGCCUGAGGCCACACCUAUAAGCAGUGGAAGUGUUGUAAGUGGCACUCAAAUUCAAAAACUUAUGUUGGUCACAAAUCCCCCCCUUCUUCCUGCUUGUGGAACUUCAGGAGUCAACCUGGUCCCUGCUCCGACAUCCACUGGCGUUACUGCACAGAAACUUGUUUUCAUUAAUAGACCACUUGCCAAUAUUCAAUCAAAUACCGGCUUGACCGCAGAGCCCUUUAAACAGUCCUUCUCUCCUUCGAUGGGAAAAGCAUUUGUUAAAAGCACAGAGCAGCCUCAGUUAGUCCUGAUUCCAUCUACCAUGGGAGCAUCACUUAAAGUUAAUACAUCGCCAACGGUUUCUCAAAUAAAAGAUGUGAAAAUAGGACUUAAUAUUGGCCAGGCCAUCAUAAAUAGCACAGCUAAUGCGCCGAGUGCUCCACCAAUUAACAUUAUGCAACCGGCAGCUCCCAAAGAUGCAGAAGAGAAAAGUUGCCAGGGUGUAGUUUUGCCAUUGUCAACAAAUGAUGGUUUGGUUCCUCUGUGUUCAAGCUUGGCAAGUCAGAGUGUUGCACCAGUCGAAGAGUCUCUGAGUCUUACAACAAGAGCAGUUUCUACAGUAACAACAGCAACUACAUGUUUAGAUGCUGCUUCUGUGGCACUGAGUGGAACCACUUCUGGAACACGGUCUACUGCCUUGGCUGGUGGAGCAGAUACUUCAACAAAAGUGACACCCGUCUUAACUACUCGACUGCGUACCUCUAAUGUUGGAAAUACUGUAGCUAUAUCAACUGUGAAAACGGGACACCUUGCUUCAUCAGUACUAAUUUCAACGACCCCACCAGCUCACCCAAGCUUGUCAUCUACUUUUCAAUUGCCAGGUACGGUUGCCUUGCCCAGACCUGUGAAUAGUGCCCCCAAAAUGAUACCAACAGCCCCUCAAUUGCCAGCAGUUUCCUCUGUUGUGCAGCGUAUGCCCCUUUCGAAAGGUCAACAGUCCACACACGUUCAGUUUCAGUCACCCAGAAUUCCAGCUGCAGUGCCAACAAAUGGAAGUGCUCCCAAACUUCAAACUGUAUUGGCCCCCAAUCCACCAAAUACAGGUAAAAUUGUCAGCUUUUCUAACUUAGUUUCCCUACCUUGUCAGCCGCUGCCUCCUAAUUUUGUAAAGCCUGUCCCUGCUUUCACUUCUGCUCCUACUGCCACCUCCACUCAGACUGUUCCAGCUUCACCAUCUAUAGCUGGCAAUGUAGGGGGACAGCUGAACGAGUCUUGUAUUCAACAAAAAAUAAUUAUUAACACGUGUACACCUUUGGCACCUGGGACUCAGAUAAUGAUCAGUGGCACUAGGUUCAUUGUUCCACCUCAGGGUCUCGGAGCCGGCAGCCACGUUCUUCUCAUCUCUACAAAUCCAAAACUUGGGCCUCUUUUAACUGUUAAUAAUGGCCAUGGGCUUCAAGGCGCAUCUCAUGCUUCUCCUUCUCCCCAGAAGACUACGCAAGUGUUGAGCAAUGAAUUAAGCUGGCAGCCGUCGAAACAGCCUUUGAAAAGCUCUACCAAAAUCGUGAACUCUCUUGGGACUGCGGACUCCCUGCCAAUUGUACAUGCAGCACCCCAAGUUGCAAACAGCGCUGCAAAACCAAGCGCCCCAUCUUUUGCAGCAACAUUGUCUGCGCCUUUGGUAACCACCUGGCCCGGCGGUCUAGCUAAAACAUCUUUGGUUUGUGCCACUCACACUGCUAACUCACAGUUGCAAAGCAGCACACCUGUAUUGCAUCUAGACACAUCUAUAAAAAAACUGAUGGUCAGCCCAGAAGGAGCCAUUCUGAAUGCUAUAAAGACUCCAACAUCGAAAUCUUCCUCUCUACCGUCAUCCUUCUCUCCUGACAUAGUUUCCACAACCAAGAGUCCUGCUGUUGUCUUCCCUAAUUUUCUGAAACCCAACAUAGGCGUGCCUAACACAGCUGCAUCUUAAAUGUAAAAGUAAACGAGCCCUUAAAAUGUUGGGGCAUUCUUUUGUGUAUGAAGUUAAUUUAUAAUUGUUUAAGAAAUUCUUCUGAUAUUUGAAACAUACCAGACAUGAGGCUGGUGUACAUGAACCCAUGGCAUGUGAUGGCUACUUUUGAGCAGGUGGAAGCCGCUAGGCAAAGAACUGAGCUGUUGUGCAUGUUCUUGGGAACUCGCAGGCUGAAUAGAUUCAGAUUCUGCACAUCAGAUCUAUCGGCUGCUAAUUUGCCAUUAACUGGGAGCUGCCACAUGCUCAAUUUUUAAAACACCUACCAUCUACCUAAGGGUUUGCAGCCAUAGUUGAUUUUCUAAAAAAUUACUUCAUAUUAGAUUGCAGCUGCUUACAAUUUUAUUUUUAAAUGGUGAGGAACCUCAUCAUUAAAAUACUUUUCAGACUUAUACUUUCAAAGGGUUUUUAUUAAAGUGGUCAGAAAAGGCCAUCUGUUAAGGUGUGUUGUAGAAAGCAAUGUUUAAUUUUUGGUUAGCACAUUUACAGGGAUAUGUUUCUUCUCAAAAUUUAGACUUUUCCAUCUUAAUUAUAAACACAGUACACUUUUUUUUAAAAAAAAUUACUUUGGUUCUCUCUCUCUCUCUUUUUUUAAAGCAUAUUUAUGCAUUGUAAAAAUGCAAUCUAUGGUGUAAAAUUGUACAUAUCCCUGACUCCCUAACAGUAUGUACUAAACUAUGUGUAAAAAGAACUACUCUGUCUUAUUUAUGUUUUGUUUACAUAAUGUAUAGUUUUUUAAGUAUUUUAGUAAUUUUUGGACAAGUGUACUGUUUAGCAAUAAUGCAGAAAAAUCUGCAUGUAAUAAACAAAGUUGCCGUA